GCUGCAAGGGGGCGAUGUCUCUGGGUGGAUGUGGAUGUAGUUUUCUACCUCAGGGGAUGCAAGGCCCGCCAGGCCCUUGUUGUGCAAACUGCGGCCGUCAGCUGCAGGCCCGGCCCCGGCCCGGCCCACCCGGACUGAGAUCAUCAGCCGGAGACCGUUGCCCCGGAGACGGAAGCGCCGGCUCUGCUGAGGCGGCCGAUAGUUUGGGCGAUGUGCGUGGGCUGCGUUCAGAGGGAGUACCCCGACCGGGGUAACACAUGCUUAGAGAAUGGCUCCUAUCUACUGAAUUAUGUUGGAUGUGCUGAGUGCAGCAAAAGAGACUUUGUAAUGAUAACUAAUCGAACCCAGAACGACGAUGACGGAGAAGAAAUUGUUACAUAUGACCAUAUAUGUCAGAAUUGUAAUCAUGUAAUAGCAAGACAUGAGUACACAUUCACUGUUGUUGACGACUACCAGGAAUACACCAUGUUGUGUAUGUUGUGUGGAAAAGCAGAAGACUCUAUCAGUGUCUUGCCAGAUGAUCCACGACAAAUGGCUCCUCUCUUCUGAAAUCUCUAUUUCUGCACACUUUGGGGAAAAUAUUUGGGUUAGGUGAGAAGCAGCAAGUUGGAGAAAUGAAUGAUAAACUAAAAUAGAAACCUUUUCUAAACCUGUGACUAAAGAAUGUUCCAUAAAUAAAUCUAUGUCAUCCUUUCCAAUUUUUUGUUUGCAUUUAUUGUUGCAUAUUUAACAGUGUUAACAUGUAUUUCUACUUUAUUUUAAACUGCUGUCUUUUCUGUCUAAUGUAUAACUUGCAUGAUUUUCACUACAACCAACUCAAUGCAUUUUUGGAAAGGAGAAAAGCAAUGCUCUGCUUUUAAUUCAUUUUACAGGGAAUAUAUCCAAACUAAUUUGUAUUCAAUUUAUAUAUAUUUUUGACCUCCUCAGAGGAUGAAUAUCUUGUUUUUGGAAUUGGCUUCCAUUUAGUCCACAGGUCAUUUUUUCUUUUUCCUUGGGAAUUGGGUGAGCUGAGGUACAAAUCACAGAGAUCCAGAACAUUUAGAAAUGUAGGAACAAGGAACUACAGAUUAUUGUUUACAAGAGAAGACACAGAGUGCUGGAAUAACUCAUCAGGUCAGGUAACAUCUCAGGAGAACAUAGAUAGGUGAAGUUUAGGGUCGGGACCCUUCUUCAGACUACUUUGAUAGCUGACGUUUCGGGUCGGGACCUUUCUUCAGACUGGUUGAUAGACGACGUUUCGGUUUGGAACCCUUCUUCAGACUGAUUGUAGGCCCAGAAUAUUUAGUAGCUAUCAGGAGAUAGAAUUCAGUGUUAAACCAAUGGGUUUCUAUUGCAUCUUGUUUUUUUAAAUCAAUUUAUUUGUGGGAUAUGGAAGUUGCCAGCAUCGUCGACAUCUGUUGUUCACCCCAGUUCCCCAGAUGGAUGAGGCAGUUAAGAGUCAAUUGAACAGGUGGGUCUGAAGUUGAGCAUUGGCCAGCUGGCUAAGCAUGAAAGAUUUUCUUCUCUGAAGAAUAUGAGUGACCCAGGUUUGUUUUUAGGAUAAUCUGGUAAAUAUAAUUAUUAAUGAUAAUCUGGUAAACAAGCACUUUGAAAUUUGAGAGAUAAUAAUGCAUUGUUAAAUUUUGCUCUAAUCUGUGGUGUAAUUCCAGUAAAACAGUUGUGUUUAGAUUUAGAUUUUAGGGCAAUUUCCCUAUCCUUUGAAGCUGAAUUGACAAUUGUUUCAAAGUGAACUAAAAAUAUUUGUCAUCUGUAAAUGAGAAUGUGGAAGUUGGAGAGGAAAAUAAUAGCAUUUGUGGCUGCUUGAACAAAAAUAUUGGAUAAUUUUAAUAUGUGUUCAGUCUUUCAGAAGGAAAUUAAGUUUGCACCGCAAAGAUCACCUGAUGAUGUGUCUUGGGCUGUCAACUGCUGGGAAUUGUGUUCCAUUUAGCUAGCUAAUGAAAUACUGUCUCUCAGAGCUGCAGCGGUAGGCAUUUUCUGUUUGUUAUUCGAGUGAGCAAAUUGCAUUUUUAUACUCUGAUGGAGGAUGAUUUUGAUUCACUCUGAAUCAUGAAAUUUGUUCUCCUUUUGCAGAAACUUUUAAUAAUUGCUAAAAUGAAACUAGCAUAUGAUUCACUAUGUGGUAAUCCAAUGCAAUAUUGCUUUAAAUUAGAAUCAUGAGCAUUUAAUUAAAGCAAUCUUAAAACAUUUUUAAAAUGAUUCACAAUAUGGCCUUUCUAGGUCCUUAUUGUACCAAGAAAUUUCCAAGAUUUUCAGAUGUAUCUCAUUGCAGCAACAGUUGAUACAAACGACACCUAAAUAGUUUUUAAUACAGACCAGACAUUGACUGUGCAUGUCCUGCUUAUUGCUUGUCUUUGUUACCUGCGAGAGAACACAUGCAAGUAAGUAUACCAUAAAAUAAAUUGAAGUGGUAUUUGCUUGCAUUAGUCAAUCUCAGUUUGAUUGCUGUGAAGAUUAAAAAUUUGCAACCUAGUUUCAAAUGAUUAAUGAUCUGGGUUGCAGUUGGAAGGAAGUCCAUUCCUAAGAUAAUUGUGGCUCAUCGCUGACAUCAUUCUGCAGUGUACCUUUGACAUCUAUUUGUUACCUAACGAUUCAUAGCUUUUCUAAUACUUUGAUGUAACGUGCUAUAUUAUAUUUGUCAUUAUAUUGGAAAAAAAAAUCUUUAGCAUUGCAGUUUAAAACAAAUAAAAACCCCUGUUAUUUCA